ACCCCCAGGGCAGAGCGAAGCAACAUGUCCCGCAGCCCCGCAGUGAGAACACAAAAUAGCUUGAGCACCCCCCACGACCAUAACCAGGAUCUCAGUGUCCAGAAUUGACCAGUCCAGGCGAACGUUGGCACGGGCAAUAUGAGCGGCAGCUUUCCCGGAAAAAGCUCUAUGGUACUGCCAAAAAUAGUUCCGCCCGUACCUCAGGAACAAAUCGCCCACCAACGCCAGGUACGAAUCCAACUCCACCCUCCGGUCGGGGUACACGGAACAAAUAACGUCCCGAAAUAUACCAAACGCCACCACGAACUGCCCAAAGGAAAGAUCCUUGUUCAGCCGAGGGUCAGCGGACUUAACCACCGCCGAAAACCCAUCCCCCGCCACCAGAGACUUAUCACACUCCGGGGACGGCAAAAUAAGACUCACCAGAUUAACAUCACCGCUGGCACAGACAGGGAAGCCAGAGCGGUAGUAAUAGUACCAGACACGCCGCCACCCGCCAUGCUCUCCACAGCCCGCAUCCUAGCCUCCAUGGCCUGCAUCGAGCCGGCGAGGGACUGCAGUGACGCGAGGAUGAGGCCGGAAUCCGAGGAGCCCCCCGGAACAGCCGUAUCAGCCGGCUGGCUGAGUGCCCCCGCAGCUCUCCUCUUCGCCGGGGCCCUGGCAGGCGGAUCCGCCUUCUUGGUCCGUUUCCGACCACGACCACUGGCAACCGGCGUGGCCACAGACGGGGCUGGCGACAGGCAGUCGCCAGCAGAGGAGCGCCCUCAAGCUCCGGUGAAAGCACGCCCGAGCCGCCACCGCCAUCCCGAAGCCGAAGACAUCCGGUCAGCCUCCCCGAAGUGA